AAAAUCGUGUAAAUUAAAGCAUGUUUAUUUUGUAUUUAUGGUUGACAAAUGAACUUUACUUCAAUACAUCUAUUUUCUAGGUUUGGAAUUUUAUGGUAAGCAACCCCCCUAGCCCUGGUAAUUUAAAAGCUUUUGUUACUUAGAUUUUUAAGUGAUUCUGUAUUAAGUGCUGAGUGCUUCUUAAGGAACUCAGCAUAUUUGCAUGUGAGUAAUCUGAUUUAAGAUUAUAAAGAAAUAUAUCUAAACCAGAGGGUCCCUUAUUGAUCACAAACAUUUGUAUUAACAUUUCAUUUUAAAAGCUCCACUAAUAAUAGCCUAAAUAAUACUUUGGUUCAUUAAUAAUGCUGAACUUUCUUUAAAGUAAACGUGUUUGGUGGGAGAGAAGCCAGUACACUAACUUUUAAAAAUUUAUUAUACAGGAUUAGCUGAACCAUCCUCUGUUGCAAAACAUGAAGAUAGUUUGUUUAAGGAUCUAUUUCAAGACUACGAAAGAUGGGUUCGUCCUGUGGAAUACCUGAAUGACAAAAUAAAAAUAAAGUUUGGCCUUGCAAUAUCUCAAUUAGUGGAUGUGGAUGAGAAAAAUCAGUUAAUGACAACAAAUGUCUGGUUGAAACAGGAAUGGAUAGAUGUGAAAUUAAGAUGGAACCCUGAUGACUAUGGUGGAAUAAAAGUUAUACGUGUGCCUUCAGACUCUCUCUGGACACCAGACAUUGUUUUGUUUGAUAAUGCAGAUGGACGUUUUGAAGGGGCCAGUACGAAAACAGUCGUCAGGUACGAUGGCACUGUCACCUGGACUCCUCCAGCAAACUACAAAAGUUCCUGCACCAUAGAUGUCACGUUUUUCCCAUUUGAUCUCCAAAACUGUUCCAUGAAAUUUGGUUCUUGGACUUACGAUGGAUCACAGGUUGAUAUAAUUUUAGAGGACCAAGAUGUAGACAAGAGAGAUUUUUUUGAUAAUGGAGAAUGGGAAAUUGUGAGUGCAACAGGAAGCAAAGGAAACAGAACUGAUAGCUGUUGCUGGUAUCCUUAUAUCACUUACUCAUUUGUAAUUAAGCGUCUGCCUCUCUUUUAUACCUUGUUCCUUAUUAUACCCUGUAUUGGGCUCUCGCUUUUAACCGUACUUGUCUUCUAUCUUCCUUCACAUGAAGGUGAAAAGAUUUCUCUCUGCACCUCAGUACUUGUUUCUUUGACUGUCUUCCUUCUGGUUAUUGAAGAGAUCAUACCCUCCUCUUCAAAAGUAAUACCUCUGAUUGGAGAGUAUCUGGUGUUUACCAUGAUUUUUGUGACACUGUCAAUUAUGGUGACUGUCUUUGCUAUCAACAUUCAUCAUCGUUCUUCCUCAACGCAUAAUGCUAUGGCACCUUGGGUCCGCAAGAUAUUUCUUCAGAAGCUUCCAAAACUGCUUUGCAUGAGAAGUCAUGUAGAUAGGUACUUUACUCAGAAAGAGGAAACUGAGAGCGGUAGUGGACCAAAAUUUUCUAGAAACACAUUGGAAGCUGCGCUUGAUUCUAUUCGAUAUAUUACAAGACACGUCACGAAGGAGAAUGAUGUCCGUGAGGUUGUUGAAGAUUGGAAAUUCAUAGCCCAGGUUCUUGAUCGGUUGUUUCUGUGGACUUUUCUUCUGGUUUCGAUUGUUGGAUCUCUUGGGCUUUUUGUUCCCGUUAUUUAUAAAUGGGCAAAUAUAAUAGUACCAGUUCAUAUUGGAAAUGCAAAUAAGUGAUACUUCUCAAGGGAUUGUAGUAGGAAUUUAGUUACCAAAAAGGUAUAUAUCAUAUGGCACCUAUAAAAUUAUGAAAAUGUAAAUUGUUUAAAAUUUGAUGCAAGCUUUAACAGAUUAACAGUUGCUAACAUCAGUUUAUUUUAAUAGAUUGCCCAUUAGAACAUCUACCUGCGUGACUAAAGUAAUAACCGAUGGAUCUUCUAAAAAUCGCAGCAAAAUAUUAUCUGAAUUAUACUAGUAAAAAUCUAAUGUUUGUGUCCUGGCAAAUAAUACUAAUUUGUAAUCA